CUAUAAAUAAUUCCUAACUCACAACACUCACAACAUUUCUUUGCCAACACACCACCAUUCCACCUUCCCUUUUCAUACCUUCCCUUCCCACACAUAAGAUAAACCCUUCUCUCUCUCUCUCUCUAAAACUGAACAACAACAACAACACCCAUGGGUGGCGCCGACGAGGACUGGGUCAACGCUGCCAUCACAGACGCCGCGAUGGUCGCCGAGCUCCUCGUGCGCCUGCACCGCUCUCCGCUUCCGCCGAAGCCGGCUGCGUUCCGUCUGGAGUGGACCGUGCGUCAGCGGAGGUCAAACAACAAGCCGAGGAAACCCGGCCGCGGCCACAGAGCCAGCCCUACCACUCCGCUGACGUGGAGCGAUGCCACCACCUCCUUCAGCGGCCGCUCCGAUGAGUCUACCCGGCCUAUUGCCUUCAAUCCCUCCGCCUCAGCGAGAUCUAAGAAUAAUGUGGAUGGUGAAAAGACCAACUCCAAGAGGUCAAGAAAGAAGAAGACUUUGGCAGAGCUCAAAGAUGAAGAGAGCUCACUGCUGAAGGAAAGAAGAGAGCUAAAAAGGGAAAUGUCAGCCUUGCGAAUGAAUUUGGAGAGAGAAAGGGCAACACAUGAGAAAUUAAAGCGGAUGAAGAUUGAUCUGCAGCCUUCUCCAGAGUCAACAUCCGCACCUGAGGAAUCCGUCUCUGGUCAACUUCAAAUGGAAUCAACAGCUCGUGAUCCUACUACGACUUCUACAACUACUAGUCUCAUGAUGCCAGUUAUCUCAGGCAGCAAUGUCCUAGAAUUGUCUGCGACAAAUGCUCAUAGCAACGUGAAUGCAGAUGAAGAAUCUGAUUCGAAGUUCAUCCUCCCUGAUCUUAACAUUCCAUUCGAUGAGCCCUGCUGCAGUGCUACACUUAUGGUGGUAUCAGCUAGCUAGACCAUCAACGCUGCACCUGUUCUCGACCAAGGCAGAACAGGUACAGCGAAUGAUACCUAUACUUGAUAAAGACUAACCUCCUUUAGAACAAAGUAGUAUACUAUAGUUAUAUGGUAGAACGAGCUACCUCCUACACGGCCCCGAUGAACUGCCAGUGGUGUUGGGAUCCAUUCUUUUUGUUUAGUUAUUACCAGUGGACUAGAUUGGAAAUCCUAACGUGUUAGCUGAAGUCAAAUAUUCUUUUUUUUUCUUACCUUGUAUUUUCUGGAGAUUUUUAUAGGUGAUAAUGUAAACUAUCUUGUGUAAGAGAUGUAUGUGUGUUAUUUCUCUAAAGCAAAUAUUAGCGACA